AUGCCGUUGCGCCCUUUCGUGUGUUUAUUUAAGACUUCUGGUCUCUCUUCAGUUGAAGUUCCACUUGCCCGCACUCUAGCGAGAAGAGCUGGUCAAAUAGGCCCGUUUCAACAUCUACCCCUCCGAACCUACUCUGCAUCCGUUUGUCGCACUUCCAUGCGCAACCCCGAAUCGGACCCGGACUUCUCAGAUCGAGUCAGAAAGAGGCGACGCAUUUCCUCCCCAUCGCGGGAAGGCUCAUAUCCAACCAUGAGCCCCGUCAUGCCUACCAUCGAGCUCACUCCGCUUGAGAGCACCCUACGAACCCUACUCCUCGAUGUCGCACAUUACAUCACUGAACAGAAGAUCGCCAAGGGAGGCAGCACCGCGAAAGAUCACUCCGAAACUGUCUUGCGCUUCACAGGUGGGUGGGUCAGGGACAAGCUGCUCGGAGUCGAUAGCCAUGAUAUCGACGUGGGCAUCAGCAACAUGACGGGAUACCAGUUUGGUAUGGCCCUAAAAAACUACCUAGAUGUUCCAGAGCACCUUGAAAAAUACAAGAAAGGCCUUCCGAAUGGGGAAAUGCACGACGCCAUUGUGAGCCUUCACAAGAUCGAGGCCAACCCAGAGAAGUCAAAGCACCUCGAGACCGUCACAACCAAGAUCUUCGGAUUGGAUAUUGAUUUGGUCAAUCUACGGAAGGAAACAUACACAGAUGACAGUCGAAAUCCUCAGAUGGAGUUCGGCACCGCUGUCGAAGACGCUCUGAGACGCGAUGCAACUAUCAAUGCACUUUUCUACAAUCUUAAUGAGUCACGGCUGGAGGAUCUCACAGAGAGAGGACUGGACGACAUGAAGAAAAAUAUCAUUCGAUGCCCAAUGGAACCAUACCAGACCUUCAAAGAUGACCCACUGCGUGUGCUUCGAUUGAUUCGCUUUGCCAGCAGGCUUGGGUACCAAAUCGAGGCAGAAACCGAAGCCGCUAUGCAGAUUGAAGAUAUCCGCGAAGCAUUGAAGCUCAAAAUUAGUAAAGAGCGAGUAGGAACCGAGGUUGAAAAGAUGUUGCGUGGACCCGACCCUCGCGGUGCAUUACAGUUCAUUGAUCGACUCCAACUGUUCCCCACUAUCUUCGCUAAUCAUCAUGACGACGUCAAGGCUGAUACAUCAACAUGGCCCCUUGCCUAUAAUACUUUGGCACGAUUGCUGCAUCCAGAGGCUGGUGACAGCGAAGAAGUUCAGGCAGUUACUAAGCGCAUUCGUGGGGUCCUAUUCCGCGACGAAACUACCAUAUACUACGCCUGGAUGAUUGCAACCUUUGCUCCCUGGACAUCGAUUCCCGGCCGCACCGGGAAAGGAAAGCCCUUGCCCCCGCGAGCGGUUGAGGUUGGCAGGGAGAGCCUUCGCAGUGACAAUAAGACGCUCAAUGCGCUCCGCGCUGCUGCUCUGCAUUACAAGGAAACAAUCGCAACCAAAAAUGCCCUUCUCACCAACCAGAUGAGUGGAACACCGGCAGAAAUCCGACAGCGCAUUGGGUUGCAAAUGCGAUCGUGGAAUAAGGACUGGAAGUUUUGCAUUCUCCUGGCUAUCCUGCAAGAAAACAUGGCGCUCCGUGACUUUGCAGAAGUGGCCCAUGAGUACGACCAGUUCCUUGCGUACAUUGUAGAAAACGAUCUGGAGGGUGUUUGUGAGCUCAAGCCCAUUGUAAACGGGGACGAAAUUAUGAAAAGUCUGGGGGCCAAAAAGGGACCUUGGAUGUCCAAGGCAGUUAACAUGGCCCUGGAAUGGCAACUUCUUCAUCCUGAUAUCACCGACAAGGAGAAGGCGUUGGAGGAGAUCGCCGGUCGACGAGCAGAAUUAGAGUGA